AUGGACUGCUUAACAGCGGAGGCUGUAAAUAAUCAACAAAAUUCCACCCCUACAGAAUUGCUCACCGAAGGCAGCGGCGAGACGAUAGCUGGAACAAAUAAUAGUGCCAGAUUCACUGAUGAUCCUACCAAGUUCCACGAAGAUAAUGCUGUAGGCAGUCCCAGCCAUGACAUGGAUGAAACCAGGUUUGAUAUCAUAGCCGUCCAUGGACGUCAUGGGGAUGAGAAAUCUUGGGAAAUGCCAUCCGCCUCUCAUUCUCUAGGCUCAACCAAGCUCAACAAUGUUUUCAACCAUCUAGGUCCUGUUGGUGGAAGACUUAUCACUAUCCCAAUGAACUACAACUCAGAUGAAGACUCCAUGGAAUGUUAUACGAUACAUCAUAUUUACAGCAGUGCUCACAGACUACUGACUGAAGUCGCGAAACGACGAAUGCAAAGGCUUCAAAAUACAACACGGCCGAUAUACUUCGUUUGUCAUGAUAUUGGCGGCACAAUUGUCAAAGCAGUAAAGUCAUUCCACUUCAAAUGA